UAGUGCCGCUGGAUUAGUGCGCUUAAGUAGUCUAUCCGUCCAUGAAUGGGCUAAGCGGUCCCCGGAGAGGGUAGAGUAUUUUGGGUUUUUUUUUCCAGGUGAGUAAUAUCCAAGCCGGUCUGCCGCCUUUCUUUCCCGCAUGCAGAGGUAAGACCGAUCUGAAGAUGCCUCUCUUUGGUGAAAUUGUUGUCAUUAAAAGGAAUGGUUCAGAUGGUACUCAUUUUCCAUUGACUGCAACAACUUGCUUGUUUGGAAGGAAAACAGAAUGUGACAUACGUAUCCAACUGCCACAUGUUUCCAAAGAACACUGUAAAGUUGAAGUAAAGGAAAACAAAGAGGUUUUUGCAACCAAUUUAAGUACUGUGAAUCCCACACAAUUGAAUGGAAAAGCCAUACAACAGCCUGUUCGUCUGAAGCAUGGAGAUAUGCUAACCAUCAUAGAUCGUUCUUUUAGAUUUGAAGAACCUCGUUCAAAACCAGCUCGCAGACGUUCUACAGGGUUAGGUUCUGAGACCUACCAGGUAUCUGCAAGUGAACAAUCUGCAAACAUAGAUGAGACAGUUAGAGUGGAAACUCCCAAAACAAGUAAAAGGCUGCGGAAGUCUGAAGGAUCAUUCACCAAAAUGACACAUGACCGGCGAUCACUUCAGAUAUCUUCAUCAAGGGAUAACAAAGAUUCAUCACCGUUUAGUGAGCUAUAUGAAAUGUUUAAGAGUAAAGUUGAAUCAAAAAAGGCCAAGUCUCCUCUAAAGCAAGCGGGGCGUUCACCCAGAAAUACAAAAAGUGAAAGUAUUUUGCAGGCUGUUAACUAUCCACAGCCCACUGUUACAUCUAGGCGAAGUUUUACAAGAAGCCAGGCUAGUGACGCCUAUGGAGAGACUCCCAUAGUAGUUGGGGGCCAGGACAAGACAAGAGAAAACAAACACCAACUCAUUGAAAAUACAGAUGCGGUAGCUAUGGAUAAAGCAAACAAAGAUUCUCAUAUUGGCCAGGAAGCUCCAGGUGGUGGUGAAACUAACAAAAAAUUAAGGACCCCUGAAAAAAGUUCUUCACCCCAGUCCCUGAGUUCUCAAACUCCCAGCUCUAACAGUACGCUUAUUCCAUAUGAUGAAUUUAUAUCCAUGCUUGGCAGAGAGGAUGAAAGUGAAAACAAGCGGUCUCCUAAACAAUCCUUAAAUUCUGAGCAAGUAAAAUCAGCAACUAAAGUAUUUUCACCGAGAAAUACAAAAUCUGGCGUGAGUCCUCGCCAAAGGAAAAUGAAAGAGUCCGCUUCAGUGCUGUCCGGGAAAGAAAUUAGUGAGAGUACUUCAGAAGACAGUCAGCUACAGCAUUUUGACAAAUCGCACACUCAAGGCCGUGGAAGAGGUUCACUUAGUGGUCAAAUUCAGAAACUUGAAACAGUUAAUAAAUCCUCGCCUAAAACAGAGUUAAUUGCUCAUGAAGAUCUUAACACAUCUCCACUGUCAAGGAGAUUGUCACGGAAGUCUGUUAGAAAUGCGUCUCCAAAAGCUUUAGACUUAACUGAAAGUACUGCAACUAAAAAGUCACCUAGAAAACGAAGAAGUGAUGAACUUUCACUUCUAGAACCACCUAUGAAAAGGAAGAGGGUUUCAUUUGGUGGACAUCUUAGUCCUGAGCUUUUUGACAAGAGGCUUCCACCUAAUUCUCCCCUUAAGAGAGGUGCUACACCUGCAAGACGAAGCUUAUCUAUUGACUUGCCUCGGGCUGUUAUACGCAAAAGUUUUGGUCUUAAACAUUCUUUGCUACAGGAAAUUUCUGAGCAGUCUGGAAGCUCCUCAAGAGUUGCAUCAUCUGCUCUAAUAUCAGGAAAGGGGACCCCUGUAUCCUCUCCUGCCAAGUCCACGCCGGCCAAGAGGUCUCCCGGCAAGGCCACACCUUCCAAGAGUUCUCCCGCUAGAGCAAACACAGCUAAUGUGACCCCGGCCAAGAAGUCUCCUCUCAGGGCAUCUCCUGCCAAGAGCUCUCUCUCCAAGACCACCCCGGCCAAGAGGUCUCCUCUCAGGGCUUCUCCUGCCAAGACCACCCCGGCCAAGAGGUCUCCUCUCAGGGCGUCUCCUGCCAAGUCCACCCCGGCCAAGAGGUCUCCUCUCAGGGCGUCUCCUGCCAAGUCCACCCCGGCCAAGAGGUCUCCUCUCAGGGCGUCUCCUGCCAAGUCCACCCCGGCCAAGAGGUCUCCUCUCAGGGCGUCUCCUGCCAAGUCCACCCCGGCCAAGAGGUCUCCUCUCAGGGCGUCUCCUGCCAAGUCCACCCCGGCCAAGAGGUCUCCUCUCAGGGCGUCUCCUGCCAAGUCCACCCCGGCCAAGAGGUCUCCUCUCAGGGCGUCUCAUGCCAAGUCCACCCCGGCCAAGAGGUCUCCUCUCAGGGCGUCUCCUGCCAAGUCCACCCCGGCCAAGAGGUCUCCUCUCAGGGCGUCUCCUGCCAAGUCCACCCCGGCCAAGAGGUCUCCUCUCAGGGCGUCUCCUGCCAAGUCCACCCCGGCCAAGAGGUCUCCUCUCAGGGCGUCUCCCGCCAAGUCCACCCCGGCCAAGAGGUCUCCUCUCAGGGCGUCUCCCGCCAAGUCCACCCCGGCCAAGAGGUCUCCUCUCAGGGCGUCUCCCGCCAAGUCCACCCCGGCCAAGAGGUCUCCUCUCAGGGCGUCUCCCGCCAAGUCCACCCCGGCCAAGAGGUCUCCUCUCAGGGCGUCUCCCGCCAAGUCCACCCCGGCCAAGAGGUCUCCUCUCAGGGCGUCUCCCGCCAAGUCCACCCCGGCCAAGAGGUCUCCUCUCAGGGCGUCUCCCGCCAAGUCCACCCCGGCCAAGAGGUCUCCUCUCAGGGCGUCUCCCGCCAAGUCCACCCCGGCCAAGAGGUCUCCUCUCAGGGCGUCUCCCGCCAAGUCCACCCCGGCCAAGAGGUCUCCUCUCAGGGCGUCUCCCGCCAAGUCCACCCCGGCCAAGAGGCCUCCUCUCAGGGCGUCUCCCGCCAAGUCCGCCCCGGCCAAGAGGUCUCCUCUCAGGGCGUCUCCCGCCAAGUCCGCCCCGGCCAAGAGGUCUCCCGCCAGGGCGUCUCCCGCCAAGUCCGCCCCGGCCAAGAGGUCUCCCGCCAGGGCGUCUCCCGCCAAGGCCACCCCGGCCAAGAGUUCUCCCGCCAGGGCGUCUCCCGCCAAGGCCACCCCGGCCAAGAAUUCUCCCGCCAGGGCGUCUCCCGCCAAGAGGUCUCCUGCCAGGCCGUCUCCCGCCAAGGCCACCCCGGCCAAGAGGUCUCCUGCCAGGCCGUCUCUGGCUAUGGAAUCCCUUGUGGUCCAGUAUACGAAGGGGCGGUUCUCAGUUUCUCGUAUCAAUACACCACCUCAAGUAGAUAUUGUUGCUGUUGAUGCUGCACGUGGAAGUUUCACAGAACAAACACCAAAUAAAUCUCGAAAGUCUUUGACCCUAAAGAAAACGCCAUUGAGGAGAAGCCGAAAGCUUAAUGCCAUUGAAGUAAUUCGUUCUAGGCGAAGAAGUGGUGCUACAGAAGCCAACUUGCUCUUGGCAAAAUCAUGGGCUGAAGUUGUAAAAAGUGGAGUGGUAAAACCCCAGAAAGCAAGUACGAAGCCUGGAUACAAAGUAAAAAUCACAAGGAAGAAAAAACCAAAGACUCCAACCAGAAAAAUGGAGCGUGCUGACCAUGCAGAUUCUCCUGCCACCAUUCUGAUUGGAAGAGCUCAUACAAGAUCUGUGAAUUCAAUCGGACACGUCCCUAAGAUUGUACGGAACCGAGCUUUAAAAAUAGAUACAGAUCAAAAUGAAAGCUUUACUGGUAUUACAGAGCUAUUUAAUACACCGGUAGAUGAAAAUCAAAGGAAGAGUACCCGUUUGGAAAAUAAAACUGCUACACCAAAAUCUUCAGCGGCUGAAGUAUCUGUGAUGAAGACUCCUGAGGAGUCAGGUGAGAUGGUAGUGUCACCGAUUAACAGUCCUAUUACAACACAGAGGAAGAAAUACAGUCGAGAAGCAGUGUCGCGUCUCCUCAGGAGUCCUGUAUCGCCUCAAUUGCUUAUAGGAAAUGAACAAAUGGGAACCACAGCAAUGCCUGUUGUGAUGGAAAGUGCAGAGGUAGAAACAGAGAAUACUACAAGGGCAAAAAGAUCAAAUGUACUCAAAGACAAGCGGAAAACAAUUGACCUUACUGGAAUCAAAAGAAUUAUGAAGACGCCAAAACAAAAAAGAACACCUGUUACUGAUCCUGUAGCAUUAAAGAAAUUGCUUAGAACCCCAAAGCAAGUUGAAUCACUGCCAGUGAUUUAUACUCGUAGAUCCUCUGAAUUUAAUCAGAUGGUUGGGGUUAAACGUCUCUUGACAACGCCCAAAGUGAGGGUUCCGCCAGUGGAGAAUCUGAGUGGCAUUAAACGCAUCAUGAAAACGCCUAAACAGAGGUCAGAACCGGUGGAGGAUCUGACUGGCAUCAAGCACAUAAUGAAGACACCUAGGCAGAAGGGAGAGCCAGUCGAAGACAUGGUUGGAAUUAAGCGCAUUAUGAGGACCCCGAAACAGAAGGGAGAACCCGUAGAAGAUAUGGUUGGCAUUAAGCGCAUUAUGAGGACCCCGAAACAGAAGGGGCAACCAGUGGAUGACAUGAUGGGUAUAAGUCAUAUCAUGAGUACACCCCCAGAAAAUACACAUCCAAUUGAAGAAAUAUUUGGAAUAAAACAACUAAUAAAAACGCCACCCAAGAAGUCUACUAGAAUUGAAGAGGUUCCAGCUCAAGAGAAUCUCACACUUACAGAAAACAAUGGACCUACCGGGUCUUUGGAAAACCUCAAAAGUCCUAGCACAACCCCGCGGUCAGGGAAAGGAAGACUUUCAAGACGUCUAUCUGGCUCCUUAGUUACAGAAGAACAGCAAGAUACUGUAACUGGGGAGUUGAAAACUCAGCCAUCUCCAAAAUCUAAAAAGACACCUGUCAAAUUAUCACAGCCACCCGCUGAUAUAAGAAUAAAGGAUCAUGUUAAUGAGCAGGCCUUGCCAGAAAGUAACCUACAACAGGAAAAAUCAGAUGAUAAACAAACACCAAGAAGAAGCAGAAGUUCGAGGAGCACUGCGUUUGAUUUAUCAACAUCAGAAUUGAUAGGUUUGGAGAAUUCUGAGACUAGGAUUUCUGAAGAUUCACCUCAAAAUACUGGGUUAAGUUACUUGGGUGCUCCUCAGGCAUCUGAACCGGCAUCCAGUGGUCUCAUUACUUCACCAAAACGCAAAGGAAGGUUUUCAAGAGGACAAACCACUGCUUUGGCUCCUGUUGGAGAUGAUUCCACAUCUAGCCCUCCUAAGCAAAAAGAUGCACCAUCAAACUCUUUACAGAAAGAAGUGAGCUUGAGUGUAGGCAGCAAGGAGUUGCCAAUAGAAAAACAGCCACCCUGCGAUGCUCUAAGUGACAGUGAAGCUGACAAGCUGGGUCUCUCCCCUCGAAGAGGCAGACUUCCAAAGAGCAGUACAAAAGCUCCAAAAGAAUCUUUGUCAGAGCCUUCAAAGGAAUCACUGCAGGAUAAGUCUGAAGUUUUAGAUGCUAGCCUUUCUACUAGAUCAAGAGGUAGGAAGGCUGGGCAACGCAAGAAGAUUAUUCAGGAUCCCAAACUUGCAAAUGAAUCUGAUUCUAAAGGGAAGCCUGUGAGCAAAUCAGAGCUAAAGAAAUCAAAAACCAGUGAGAAUGCAGAGACCCCGGUACCCCCAGAACUGCUACAAAUUGAAGAUCUGGAUGCAGAAGCUGGAGCAAAGAAAUCCACAGUAGCCCAAAGGAGAAUGAAAAGGAAUACGCCACUUACACCUGCCUUAAAUCCAGAAGAAGUGAGUGAACGAACAGAAGAUUCCACAGAUAAGAAUUCACCAGCUGGAAACACUGGUAGCAGACGCACUGGUAGAAAUAAAAAGAAUGAUCUAGCUGAAAAUAAACAGUCAUCAGGUCCCGAAGAAUCUCAUCUGCAAACUAGACGUAGGGUGUUAUCCAAGUCAAAAGCAAGUCAAAGUCCCGAGCCCAAGUCUGUUACAAGGUCAUCCAGGCAUCAGAAAGAGGCUGUACCAGACACCAACACAGAGUUACAAAGCAAGACGUCCCGUGGAAGGCAAACUAAAAAUACAAGGAAAGAUGAGAGUCCUCCAGAAAAGCCAGAUGAGGAAUCUACUGCAACCGAAAACAGAUCACAGCUUGUGAGAAGAGGAAGGUUUGCAAGAGUUAACAAAACUGUGCCCAAUUCAGAAGCGAUAAGCAAAGAAGAAAUUACUCAAAAUGAAGUGCAACAACCUAGCCCUACUGUUUCCAAAAACAUAAGAGGAAGGAAAAAAAAUCUGAUAUUUAAAGAGCAUACAAAUGUGGCUCUGACUGAAGAUAAAGACAAUGAAACUGAGGCAUUAAAAGAAACCACUACUAAAAAGUCUACACGUGGCAAGAAAAUCAUACCACAAGAGUUGCCUAAGGAGCUGGCAUCUGAAGCGGUGCAAAACGCAGCACAACUAGAGGAAGAUGGGAAGAGAGUUCAAAAGGAAAGGUCUUCAAAAGCAAAAUCUGUGCAAUGGCACCCUCUUGUGGUUACCCAAGAAACUUCAGAGAACGAAGAUGCUGCACAGAGUACCGAAAAUGAAACCUCCACUAGGGGUAGAUCUAAGGGGAAAAAUAGACGAGAGAUAGAGCCCACAGUCUCGGCUAAAAGGUCUCGUCGAGGAAAGGUUGAGGAAAAUUCGAGCCUGGGAGGGCUAGUAUAUCCUGAAACAAAUUCUUCUCCCGAAGUUAAGAAAAGUCCUGCGACAACUAGGUCAGGUAAAAAGGGAAUAAACAAACCCACACAAGUGAAAAAUGUUCAAGAGGUUUCAAGUGAGGACUCGAGUAUCGUGCCGGAAAUUCUUGUUCAACCUGUGGGUUUGGAAGUAGCAGAUGAAAAGGAAAAGAGCAAGAAAGGCAAAAGAGGUGCAAAAUCUUCACAACAAAAUCUACCUUCUGUUUCGCACAGUGAAGCUAAUGCCGAUAGCGUUACAAAUAAAAGGGGUGGCCGUAGAGUGGCAUCUUCCAAAGGCUUGGAAAGUGAUAACAAAGUAGAUGAAAAUGCUGUUUCAAAUAAAAGGGGCCGCAGAGCAGCCAACCCAAGUCCUCCCAAGGUAGAAUUAAAGAGAUCCCUUGUCAAGAAGCAGGAAGUUGCAGAGGACAGCAUUUCUAAAUCGAGGCGUGGUGUGAAAAGGAAAAUAAACCCUGAGCCUGUUAAUGAAAGUCUUAAUUCCGUCCACACAAAUGAUGACUUGCAGUCUAACAAAACAAAUAUGGACAGUGUUCUUUCUGGUCGUGCUAAGAAAGCAAGAAAUUCUUCAAUGCAAAAUGAAGUAGCCGAUUCACCAGCAAAGAAAAAGAAAACAGAGGCAGCAACAGCAACCCAAAAAAAAGAGAAAUCCAGAAGCGCGUCUAAGACAGAAAAAGAAAAGGCAGCUAAAAUACCAACCAGAGCAAGUACACGCUCAAGAAAAUAGCUUCUAACUGCACAGAUGUUUUUUUUUGUUUUGUAAAGGUUUUUAAAAGAAAGAACACAGUUCUUUUUAUGUGAUUUUUAGAUGUUUCUAACUUAGUACUGCAGCAUUUUCCCCAGAAAAUAAUGUACAUUUUUAUAUUUUUAUUCUAAUUGUAUCUUAUUUUGUCAAACCGUUCUGUUUUAAUUUUAAGCAGUCAUCCAUUGACUGGAAUUUGGAAAUGGGUUCUACAUUGUUUUAAUUCAUUUAUACAUGGUUGUUUUGGCUUUAUUAACAUGUUUAAAUGGUUUAAAUCCUGUUGAAUUGCAGUCUUAUAUAGUCUUUGUAUUUUGUGGUUUCUAAUAAUAAUAAAGAAAACUAAUGGGAUGAUUCUACAAUUGUCACCGUAGUGAUUGACUUGCUUUUAUAGUCAUACUCUGGAGAUUGUAUUCAAAUCAUUCCUGUGUUCGUAAUAAGAACUAUAAUUGGAAUUUACAAAGGCCAAGUAUCACUGUAAAGUCUUAUAUACCAUUUGAUUAAAAACAUAAAAGCCAA